AUGACGAGCCCUUCCAGCGUGACGCCGACACCGUCGACCAGUGCCAAGACGACACUCGACUGUCGUGUCGACGCUACGGCUGCCAUCGAGGUUGACGUCGCCGACAAAGCAUCGAUGUGCCAUAUCUGGGCCCUUGGCGUCCUCACUGUCAUUGGCGGUCAGUUUUACGGCUGGAACGAAGCGCUAAGUACCGGCUUUGUACCCUACUUUGUGUCGCAAGUGCUCAUGGGCCUCGCCUUCAUUGCGUACAUGGCGUGUGCUUCUGAAGUCUGCGGCAAAAUUCAGUUUUCCGGCGGCGCGUACGGCCUCGCGCGCGUCACGCUCGGCUUCUACACCGGCUUCCUCGUCGGCUUUUUAGAGCUCCUCGAGUACGUCACGUACACGUCGGUCUCGGUGCUCUUCAUGUCGGACUUUAUGACGACAACGUACGGCGUGGAGAAGGCGUGGGAGCCGCUGCUCUGGGCUAUCUACUACGCGGUGACGACGAGCCUGAUCUUGCUCCGCGGCAAACAUUUUUGGCGCUUUUGUCUCGUCCUUGCCGCUGCGUGCGUGGUGCCACCCCUCGUCUAUUGCGUCGCCUCGAUUGGGCAUACUGACUUUGCAACAUAUGGACCGCUCCAAAUCGGCAACGCGUCCGAACAAGAGGUGUGGGCGGCCGGCGACCUCGGCGCUGCCUACUUUGCGUGGCUGCCUUAUACCACGUGGGCGUACGCCGGGGUCGAGUGCCUCACACUGGUGACGAGCGUCACAAAAGAUGCCAAGACGUCGAUGCCCAAGGGCUUGAUGGCCGCCACCUACACGCUCUUCGUGUUCAACGUGGCGCUGGUGUGCAUCGUCUCGGCGCUGCCACCUGGUCUCGCGGCCACGGCAAGUGCCCAGUUCCCGCUCAACACUGGGUUCGAGCUCGGUCUGCACAUGUCGGCGCACGGGGCGUCGUGGCUCAUCAUGCCCGGUCAAUUUGGCAUGGCGUUUGGCUUCAUGAUGCCAUGCGCACGACUGGCGCAGGCGCUCGCCGACUCCAACUUGCUGCCGCUGCGUCUCGGAAUCAAGGGCCAGUCGACGCCGCGCCGGGCGCUGGUGCUGACGUCGACCAGCGGGUACCUCAUCUGCCUCGUCUCGUUCUACAGUCCUCUGUUUCUAAGUGCGCUUUCAGGCAACCAGAGUCUGAUGCUCCAUCCUGCAUCGAAUCGAAGAUGGCCGGCUGAUACCUCGGCGGUACUGCCACCGCUGGCGAAGGGCCUAUCUGGUACUUGGCGAGAGGUCGCCAACUGACGCUAGCCUCCUGCAGAGGGUCUCG